CACUCGCUUCUGAAGCUGUUGCUAUGCGGAGUUCUGGAAUUACACAUUCUUUUUCUUUUCUUUUAAUUACAAUAAUAAUUAUAACAAUAUAAUAACAGAAAAAAGAGGGACAAUCAUGGUUUAUCUCGCCGGUGCCGGAUACAACGCAGUCGUCGGAAUGAAUAAUCGGAGGCCAAAAUUCUGUACGUCAAUUAUACCGAACAGCAUAAUUUCAACGCUAUACGACGUCGCUUUUCUGUGUCGGUGUUGCAGAGAACAUGACUUCAGUAGCACUUCUGAAUCAGCUUGGACAGAUUUUCCCGUAGAGAACGCCUACGAGCUGUUAGGAGUGUCUGAGACCAGUUCCUUCACCGAAAUUAAAGCAUCGUUUCGAAAAUUGGCCAAAGAAACUCACCCAGACCUCGCUGGGUCAAGCAGUGAUUCCAGUGUGUCUCGACGAUUUGUGCAAAUUCUGGCUGCUUAUGAGAUUCUUUCAGAUUCUCAAAAGAGAGCCCAUUAUGACAUGUACCUGUUGUCUCAGAAAAAGCUUAUGCAAAAGCAUUCUGAACAGGGUUCAAAAUUGUAUAUUUACAAAUCACAAGCUACUACGUUAAAGGAGAUGGAAGUUGUUGAAUGGUUAAAAUGGUACAGAUUAACUAUAAAUAAUAUUUUGUCAGAAAAGAGGGUGGUAGAUGGAACAGGCUAUUUUGAUGUACUUGAGAGAGAUUUUUAUUCAGCUAUUCAUGCAGCAUACUAUGGUCCUGAAAUUGAUUCUAUGCCCAUGGAAUUUCUUCCUGACUGCUUUGAGGCAGAGGAGAGGUCUUCUUAUGAAACUCCUGAGGUUUUGCACUUAGUUUCAGGUCGUGAUCUUUUCGGAAUGGUUUGCCUAGCCAACAAGGUUCCAGAGAUAUCAACAAUUAGCAAUGAAAUGUUAGCAUCUUUUAGAUCCUUCCAUUCAGGCCCAUGUCAAUCUGUAACAAAUGUGAAUGACUACAGGAAAGCAGAAAGAUCAGAUGAUUUUGAAGCCUAUCAAGGUCUCGGCUCUAAAACUUCAAGUAUUGUAUCAGAUGCAUAUAGACAUCUUGAAUUGCACAUAUCAGGAAGAGUUGUUGCUACAGCAUCUAGGACCCUACCUAGAUGCUGUUCUGAUGUAAUGCAGACAGAAGAUACUGAAGAUCACAUUCAAGUGUUCCUUAACUUAUAUGAAGAUCCCAAACAUAUCAUGAGUGAUUUUUGGAAAGGCUACCUAGCAAAUGGUGCAGUUGGAAGAAGAAUUCAUUUGGGAACUAUAUCUGGACUUGGGAGCAGUCCGGAUGAAGGUUGUUGUUAUGUUUACAAUGACAAGGGCACAAAGACCCAUGCGAUUAUGAAGCAUAGAACAUUGAUGGUGAAGCAUAUGCACUGGUAUCAGGUGGGUGAGAAAGUUUCAGUUUGCGAGUGUAGAUGCACUAGAGCACAUUUACCACCAAGCAAAUUUUGGCUAUUUGAACCUCGCUGUGGUUUCCAUGACAUAGGGGGUUGGUACGUUGAGACAUAUGGCAAAGAUAAGCACGGUCGUACAAAGCCAUCACAAAGGUUUUGGGAUGGCUUGGACUAUAACAUGCAAGCUGACAUUACUACAACCUGCAGAAGACUUCAUCCAGCAAUGUAUUUGUUUGCUCUUGCAUAUCGGACACUUGAUCUUGAAUACGCUAAAGCAAGCAAGAAAUCAUUUAGGAAUGUUGUUGGAGCACAAAUGUUUCGAGUUAUUCAUUGGUGCAAGAAACUUAUUCAAUAGUGAUUUUGGAAGAAGAUAUUGCUGUCAAUUUAUAUUUACAAGAUUCUUGGAUGGAAUGCUCUGUAACUACUGAAAGGAAAACUCAUUACAAGCCUCAAGUAGUUCUAUGACUUGGUUAGAGGAGAUUCAACUUUUCAUUUGCCUAGUGAUGGAUAUAUUGGGUAAAUACUGAAGUCAAUUCACUUGGCCAGGGAUUGGCUGGAGUCACUUCAACUUUUUAUCAUGUCUGAGGCUAUUUGAAGCAACAUUGAUUUUGUCAAAAAUAUUCUCUUGCGCUACUUGUCUCAGAAAUGUUAUGCAAUCCGAAGGUUCACGGAUAUACUUCGUGCAUUUCUAUGCGUACAACACAAAUCUGCAGUUGCCUUUAUGCGUUGUUAGACAAAGAUUCUUUAUCUUGCUCAGUGUUAUGGAAGCUAGUUGUUUCACUGCACAAUGAGUUUCAUCCCCUUAUUGGAAAGGUCAUGAAGUCGGACGGUUUUCUGGAAUUUACUUCGCCAUCAUAUCUCCUGGUAUAUAAAAUACAAUUUCUGCUUACAUAGAAUUGUCCCUGUAGGCAUGUGGAACUUACGGUUGUCUACUUGUAUAAGUGUAUAUAUUUUAAGAAAGUUUUUCUUCUUUA